CACCGGCCCGCUAGCACCAGCCACCGCAGGGUCCCGCGGAGCCGGCUCCGGGGCAGCCGAGUGAGCGCGGCAGCGGCCGGGUAGGGGCGGCAGGAUGAAGUUCGCCGAGCACCUCUCCGCGCACAUCACGCCCGAGUGGCGGAAGCAGUACAUCCAGUAUGAGGCUUUCAAGGAGAUGCUGUAUGCAGCUCAGGACCAGGCCCCUUCUAUAGAAGUCACAGAUGAGGACACGGUGAAGAGGUAUUUUGCCAAGUUUGAGGAGAAGUUCUUCCAAACCUGUGAGAAGGAACUUGCCAAAAUCAACACUUUUUAUUCAGAAAAGCUUGCAGAAGCUCAGCGCAGGUCUGCUACCCUUCAGAAUGAACUACAGUCAUCUUUGGAUGCACAGAAAGAAACUAGUGGUCUUACCACAGUGCGGCAGCGCAGAAAGGCAGUCUUCCACCUGUCCCACGAGGAGCGUGUUCAGCAUAGAAACAUCAGAGACCUAAAACUGGCCUUCAGCGAGUUCUACCUCAGCCUCAUCUUACUGCAGAACUAUCAGAACCUGAACUUCACAGGAUUCCGUAAGAUCCUGAAGAAGCAUGACAAGAUCCUGGAGACACCCCGGGGUGCAGAUUGGCGGGUGGCCCAUGUGGAGGUGGCACCAUUCUAUACUUGCAAGAAAAUCAACCAGCUCAUCUCUGAAACAGAGACAGUGGUGACCAAUGAGUUAGAAGAUGGAGACAGACAGAAGGCCAUGAAGCGUUUACGUGUCCCACCCUUGGGAGCUGCUCAGCCUGCACCAGCAUGGACCACUUUCAGAGUUGGCUUGUUCUGUGGCAUAUUCAUUGUGCUGAACAUCACUAUCAUACUUUCAGGUGUGUUUUUUAUAGAUGGACCAAAUGUGUGGCCACUGGUGAGAAUCUAUCGAGGUGGCUUUCUCCUGAUAGAAUUCCUCUUCCUCCUGGGUAUCAAUACGUAUGGCUGGAGGCAUGCUGGAGUGAAUCAUGUCCUCAUCUUUGAACUCAAUCCUCGCAGCAAUUUGUCCCAUCAGCAUCUCUUUGAGAUUGCUGGAUUCCUUGGGAUGUUGUGGUGCCUGAGCCUGCUGGCAUGUAUAUAUGGCAAAUUUACCCAUGUCCCUAUGCAGGUGAAUCCACUCAUCUUGUAUGGAUUCAUGUUGCUUUUCCUCAUCAACCCCACCAAAACUUUGUACUACAAGUCCCGGUUUUGGCUGCUCAAAUUGUUGUUCCGGGUGUUCACAGCCCCCUUCCAUAAGGUAGGCUUCGCGGAUUUCUGGCUGGCCGAUCAGCUCAACAGCUUGGCUGUGAUACUUACGGACCUGGAAUACAUGAUCUGUUUCUACAGCUUUGAGCUCCAGUGGCACAACAAUGCCGGACUGCUGGCAGAUGCAGGUGAUCAGAUUUGUAACAGCUACUCCUACGGAGUGCGAGCAGUUGUCCAGUGCAUCCCUGCUUGGUUGCGUUUUAUCCAGUGCCUGCGCCGUUACCGUGACACCAAACGGGCCUUUCCUCAUCUGGUUAAUGCUGGCAAAUACUCCACCACCUUCUUCAUGGUGACAUUUGCAGCCCUUUACAGCACUCACAAAGCUCAAAACCACAGUGACACCCAAGUGUUCUUCUACCUGUGGAUUGUCUUCUAUUUAAUCAGCUCCUGCUACACCCUUAUUUGGGAUCUGAAGAUGGACUGGGGUCUCUUUGACAAGAAUGCUGGUGAAAAUACCUUCCUUCGGGAAGAGAUCGUCUAUCCACAGAAAGCCUAUUACUAUUGUGCCAUUGUGGAGGAUGUAAUCCUGCGCUUUGCCUGGACCAUCCAGAUCUCCCUCACUUCCAUGCAAGUCUUUCCUUAUGCUGUGGACAUCAUCUCUACUGUGUUUGCACCACUUGAAGUUUUCCGGCGGUUUGUGUGGAAUUUCUUCCGUCUGGAGAAUGAGCAUCUGAACAAUUGCGGUGAAUUCCGUGCUGUCCGGGACAUCUCAGUGGCACCAAUGAAUGCUGAUGACCAGACACUACUAGAGCAGAUGAUGGACCAGGAAGAUGGUGUCCGAAACCGCCAGAAGAACAGGGUGUGGAAGCGUAGCCAAAGCGUGUCCCUGCGCCGACCUAAUCUUUCUUCACAAUCCAAGGCUCGUGACACCAAGAUAUUGAUAGAGGACACAGAUGACGAAGCAAACACAUGAAAUGUCCACAGAAUCUAGUUCCACAUCCCUUCUUUUCUUGCUCUACUACCCUUUCCCCGACCAAUCCAACCUCUGGUACAGUUCCAGCUGAAAACAGGAGAAAACACUGAACACAUUUUCCGAGCUCUUCCAGACCGGAUCCUAUGGACUCCAACAAGCUCACUGUGUUUCUUUUCUUCUGGUUUAAUUUUCAUUUUCUACUUUUAAAAUAAAUAUUUACUUCGUUUUGCCAAUCAGAGGACAGUUAAGGAAAGAAGUAUCUAAGAAUUGUUUACAAUCACAACAGGGACACACAACCCUAUCUGGAUGAAGAACAAGCAUCAUAGGGACUCCCUGGUGGGACAGCACCGAGAAUACACUCGGCUUCUGCUUGGCCUGGUUUCGACUGGUUGAAACCGGACUUAGGUUUUAAAAUUUGUGUUUUGUUUUUUUCUUUCCUUCAUAUCCAGCGCCGAGGCACUGGCUGCACUUGCAGGGAAAGUGCACUUAGAGCAGUACCUUCAUUCACGAAGCUACUUUUUAAUUUGAUGUAACUUUUCUUAUAAUUUUUUUGGAAAUACGAUGUAUUUGUUGCAUACAGUUUUCACAUUAUUUAUGAAACUUAACAACCAUAUGAGAAUGAUUUUUUGAGUCCUGUGCAAUGAAGGCGAUAACAGUAAAACAAGGCAGGGGGAUGUAGAUCUGGAUCUCUUUUGUGAGGGUUAUGCCCUGCAAAUACCUCUUUCAUGAGAUAAUUUGCACCAGUUUGACCCUUUUUCUCUUCAGUUUAGUUUUAUUUAUAAACCAAAGUUUUUCUUUCUGGUUUUAGUUGCUGCUGCUUCAGAAGUCUGAGUAUGUUUCGCAUACCAGUUCAUGUUCAUCUUUCCACAUGGCCGUGCAAAGAUAGUGCAAAUGAUUCUGUUUUAAAGGAGAGUUGUAAUAAAUCUUGCCACAAGGCAAAACACCCAGGCAAAAAAAGUGGGGGGGGUUGGUGUUUAGGUUAAGAACUGUUUUUUCAAAGCCUUAAUCUUCAUGAGAUAAGGUUAGAGUACUGUGCACCCUGUGAAAUAGGGAGCUUUUCCAUUGUUCUGCUUCAGCUAACUACCGCAAAAAUAAAAGUGGACGAGAUGAGGACAUGA